UCAGCCAUAUAGUGAGUGGUUCCUCCAAACUAGAUAACAAGCAGGGUUCUAGUUAACGCCCUCUUAGCCUUUAACCACUCAAAUUGCAACCAUGAGCAUUAAUAGAUGUAUCUUCCUCUGGUGAAACCCCCGCGAUGGCCUAAAUGUUAACAACAGGUGAAUACAGCAACCAUAGCCGGCAGCUGCAGCCGGAAACAAGCCCGGCCGAGCUGAACUUGCCGAGAGUGCUUUCUGUGCUGUCUUCCACGUUAGAAAAGUUGGUUGCUCGUAAUGAAAAGCUCGUGGAUGUCCUAAACCAGCAGCUAGAUGGUCUGAGCAUUGGCUCAGUAAGAGUCGGGAAGAGCUUGAAUGCAUUUCAUGGCGUAAGAGCACCAAGCAUAAGCAUACCUAAGUACCUGGAGAGGAUAUACAAAUACACUAAUUGUAGCCCUUCAUGUUUCGUGGUUGGCUAUGUUUAUAUAGACAGGUUGGCACAUCGGCACCCUGAUUCUCUUGUCACAUCCUUGAAUGUGCACAGAUUGUUAGUUACCAGUGUCAUGGUCGCUUCCAAGAUGCUGGAUGAUGAACAUUAUAACAACGCGGUAUAUGCUAGAAUAGGAGGAGUGAGCAAUGCUGAAUUGAACAAGCUUGAAUUGGAAUUACUCUUUCUGUUGGAUUAUAGAGUUAUGGUAAGCUCUCGGGUUUUUGAGAGCUACUGUUUUCACUUAGAAAAAGAGAUGAUUGUCAAUGGCACGGGCCUGAAAAUUGAAAGGGAAUUGUCACCAAAGGCUAUAGAUUACCAUGAAGCUGAAAUAUCAGUUGAAGAUAAACGAAGCUCUUCCCCACCUCAAAUUGUGGAUUGUGGACUAACCUGAGUCUUUGGUUGUUUGUCAAUUUUAGGCCCCAUGCCCUCCUUAGUCCUUCCCUUCCCCUUCAUGAUUGGGCAAUUAUUGCAUUAUUCAUGGCCCAAUUUCGUUUCUUGUAUUUCAUGUCCAUGUCAAAGCUUGUGACACCUUUUUCCUUCCUGCAGAAAAAGUACGAGACUGAUAUGUAUGAUUCAUAAGAAGUACAUCAAUUUGGCUUUAAUUGCUACAACAGUUAUAUUUAUGUUUCUCCCCUCACGUGCGUGUGUUUUAGAAGUUAAUCUUUAUCUUAUUAAGUCAUGAUAAUUCCCUUAC